GUUGAGGGGGCGUGUCAUCGCGCGUUCAGCAGGCGUACACUACAGACGUAAAACAGCAACUGGAGCAGCGUGGACAUGGAGGACACACUGCUGUGGAUUGUGGGCGUGUUGUUACUCCUGUUCUGCAGUCUGGAUGUGUGGUAUUACUUGCGGGUAGUGGUUGUGCUGGUCAGGGCCUGGUUCCUCUCACCUGUAUUUGACAUCACAGCAGAGCAGAUUGCUAGCGGACGAGUCGUUCUCCAUGACGUUGACCUUUGCCACAUGAACAAUGCACGCUACCUACGCGAGUGUGACUUUGCCCGUUUCUCUUUGUACACUCGCAAUGGGGUAUUCGAGGCUUUAAGAGCUCUAGGGGCCACCAUGGUCGUUGGGGCAACUACCAUCCGCUAUAGACGGCCGCUGUGUGUCGGUGAGGCGUUUGAGAUUCGCAGUCGAAUCAUUACCUGGGAUGAGAAGUCAUUUUACCUGGAGCAGCGGUUUGUGUCUCGUAAAGAUGGGAUGGUGUCGGCUGUUAUGUUCUGCAAACAGAGUGUCCUGCGCAGCAGUCCGGACAAGAUCCUGCAAUACCUGUGCAAGAGAAAGGUUGAAGUGCCAGAAUUUCCUGAAGACCUGCAGCACUGGAUCAAUUUCAUCUCAGCCAGCAGUAAAGCCCUCAGGGGCGAAAGUCAGCUCGAUGAUAAAAAGAACGAAUGACGGCUCACUGCCUUAAAUGAUCUCUCAAACACUGGUUUACAAACACAAGAACACACUGAUGCACAUACAUGAAUGUCUCGGGUGUUUGCAUAUUCCAGUUCAAAAUAAAACUGUGAGUUCUGCUGUAAUCUAGAAGCAUGAUUCAUGCUGCAUUAUGAUUGUGAAUAUGUAGAAAUACUUUCUUAAAAACAAUGGAUGAACAAAAGAGAAAAUAAUAUUUUCUGGUGUAUUACUGCCACUGACUGGACUGGAGU